ACUAAACGUAAUGGAAGAUGACCGAGACGAACCACAAAGAGAUACUUGAGAACUUUCACGUGGAAGAACUCACGUUAGAGGAAGCGGACGAAACCAUUGUCAAUAGUCUUGAGAGAAUUGAGCGAAAUGGUGGUGUACGAGGCGGAAAACCCACAGUACUUCGAACAUUGAAUACACUCAGUUCUAUUGCCCAUAGUUUUGGAUUAUCGCCAGAACAACUUUCACAGCUGCUAGACAUCAUCCUGAUUGGCAAAAUCGACGAUACUACGACUCGGAAGUUGAUCAGACUGUUGCUUCCACGUCAACAUGUACCAGAGAUGUGUGCCAUCAAAGUCAUGGGAUGCUUAGGCAGACGGCUUGCCUUUUCAAACCAAGCAGCAUUACUUCGAUGGAUGAUUGUUGUUUAUAACGUCAUUGACAGUCGGACAAAACUCCAGCGGCUCUACGGGGUCGCAUUCCAUUAUCUGUCCUAUGAAACGUUGAGGACACCGCUAUGCCAUCUUCUCUACUAUAUGACCCGGCGGGAAGAUGUGAAGCCUUACAGGAUUAGGAAGCUUAUGGACCUACAGAUGACAGUCGGAAAGGAGCCAGUACUUGUAGGGCUGCUUCAUGUUUAUAAGUCCUAUUUUCCGGAUUUGAUUCUGGCUCCAUUGACAAUAUCAAAUCGAACCAUUUUUAAGUGUCCAGACCAGCCCAUGUCGAUCUUGAUAAUGGGAUUGCAGGAGAAGUGGAGCCAUCUUAAUCAAGGUCAAGAGACGACACUUGUUGCCUCCAAGGCUCCUAUUGUCAGAAGCGGGGUCAAAAGACAAAAAACUUCACAUACUUCUCUUCCUGACGCAUACUCUAUAUAUCGUAAAGGAGAUGAUAUAAAAGCAAUACCAUUAUCUCAAAUCACCUCUCUAAAUUCGCUUGUAAAACACAUCGACACUCUUGCUCUUCCGGACCAACUUUCCUCUGUGCUUUCCAAUCGAGUAUUACAACAUGUUCUCUGUUUGCAACCUUCACAGUCAGUUGUGGAACGGAUAAGUUACUGGCUUGGGCAAGAACUAAUGGAUCUUUGGUAUUGGAGGGAGAAAACAAAUGCUACAAAAGCUCGGUUUGAGGGUAUCCUUUCCAAGGUGGUGGAGAUUACUGCCAUGAUCAAGGAUCUGCUGCCUAUUGUUGAACAGUUCCUAAUGUCGUUUCUCAGGAUCUGGAAUGGAGAAGAUCAUCAAAGAAAUAUCUUUACUCUUUUGACAUAUCUGCGACCUCGCUCAUAUGAAGAACUACAUGUGCAUUUCCUGAAACCAUUACAUCGUCUUUUUUACUUCAUGGGCCCAGUUUGGAAGGGUGAACUCAUCCUUUGCUACAGAAAGCUGCUUCAGCGUUGGGCACAAUUCAAGUGGAAUGAAUAUUUGGAAGUAGGCCGAAACCCACGGCUCUCAAAGGAGGGCCUGCAAAAGCUCCGUCGGUUAUUUUCAGCACUAGCACCAAAUGUGGACUACAUGGGGACGAUAAGGGCAUUAAUAGGACAUGUCGACAGUAUUUCUAGCGUGGCGUUGGAGAUGGAACACGACCAUAUAGCGGUCCAACACGCAGUCCUCUCAUUUUUCGAUUUUACCUCUUCACUCUCUGGUGUCUAUAAAGUCCCUCUGGCGGUCAUUUUUCCACACUCGACCAUCGUUUAUAGGUGUUUCCUCUCAGAUUCAGGUAUGGCACUCUCGAGAAUCUGUGGGAUCGUGUAUCAAUAUAAACAAGCGUUCGAGUCGUUUGAAAAGGAUCAGCAGCUGCAAUACGAGCUGCUAGUACAAUCGCAGAUGUCUACACGGAAAAGCGACACUGGCGAUGACAACCCAGCAGGGAAACAAUCACUACAAGCAGGCGCAGCCCUACCGGCACCGUUCGAAGUUCCAGGAUAUAAUCGUGAAUACGUUGUGCUGUUCAAUAGCUUUGUAAUGGACAUCUGCAACUUUCUAUGGCGGAACCGUGCUUUUAAUAAGACAGACAAAAAUGCACUAGGAUUUUCAAUGGACCAUCGUACCAUUACGCAAAUAAAGCGAGUAUGUGCAGAUGCUGGACUCAAUAUGAACAAUAUGAUGUCUAUCACUCAUUCGAUCGCCAUGUCUGGCUAUUCUGCGAGAUUCCUAAAGUCACUUGAAGAACAAAAUAACAUUCCUGAGGAGAAGCGACUUCGAGCCCCUGCAUCGAGCUCUGCACUUAAAGAUAUGGUCACUAAAGGAGGCCUAAAUAUGAAAUUUGAUGAAUUUCGCGUCCAGUACCUUGAUCAUCUAGAGCAGAAUGGGUUUGAAGGGAUCUCACAGUUCCUCUUUGAUAGUAUCACUGCCUUGUUACAACGGAAACUCCAAAGUCAAUAAGGGCAACGAGAAGUAGCAAAGGAGAAGUCGGCAGCAAAAGAAACAAGAGAUAGCAUUAUUGUCACCAGCUGAGAACCCUGUUUCUUCUUCAAAUGGUGAAACAUAAAUAAAAGUGCAAUGCACCUUUUACCGCCACUGUUAUCAGCGCUUCUCUCCUCAUUUACUCUUAAAAUCAAACGAAUAUUGACUGACUAGAACUAUAAUGCCAUCGAACAGUAGGCU